AUGAAUCUCAUUCGCGUUGUAACGGCGCUCCUUGUCCUACUUGCCCCCGCAGUCGUUGCUGUCGCGCCCGUCGUGAUCCAGGCUCAACAGUUCGUCAACAGUCAUUCUCACAAACGAUUACUGGUCCUCGGCGUCGAUUACCAGCCGGGAGGAUCCGCUGCUUACAAGCCGGAAAACGGACGAGAUCCCCUCAGCGACGGCGAUGCUUGCUUGCGCGAUGCUGCUAUCCUCCAAAUGCUAGGCGCAAACGCUAUUCGGGUCUACACUGUCAACCCCGUAACCAAUCAUGAUCUUUGCAUGUCCAUCUUCAAUGCCGCUGGUCUCUAUGUGAUCCUCGAUGUCAACUCGGCCCUUCCCAACGAAAACUUGAACCGCGCUGAUCCCAAAUCCUCCUAUCACCGACACUACUUGCAACGGGUCUUCGCUGUCAUUGAGGCCUUCAAACACUAUCCCAACACUCUGGCUUUCUUCGCGGGGAAUGAAGUCAUCAAUGAAGAUGCGGUGAAAAACGUUGGUAUUUACCUUCGGGCUAUCAUACGUGAUAUGAAGCAGUACAUUGAUCACAAUUCUGAUCGCAAAAUCCCUGUUGGCUAUUCUGCUGCCGAUAUUCGUCCCAUUCUAGAGGAUACCGGGAAUUACCUGUCCUGUGAAAUUGCAGACUCACCUGGAUCUGGAAUCGACUUCUUGGGCCUCAACUCCUACUCCUGGUGUGGCGACGCCUCCUACACCAGCAGCGGCUAUGACAAGCUCGCCGCACUGUUCUCGGGGGCUUCCUUCCCCGUCUUCUUCUCCGAGUAUGGCUGCAACGCAGUCAAGCCGCGCAAGUUCACCGAGGUCGGCGCUAUUUACGGAGAGCAAAUGACCCAGGCUUUGGACGGUGGUCUGGUUUACGAAUUUUCCCAAGAGGCAAACAAUUAUGGCCUCGUCCAAUUGAACGAUGACAACUCCGCCACCCUCCUCACUGACUAUGAUAACCUACUGAAGCAAUAUAGGAAACUCAAUAUCACUCUCCUUGAAUCCCUUGACCCGGCCACUACCAACAUUAAGCCGGCCAGGUGUUCCUCCGAUCUCAUUAAAGACGCAAAAUAUUUCGAAAAUAAUUUCAAGCUUCCAGAUCCACCUGACGGCGUCCCCGAAAUGAUUAAGAAUGGCAUCCCCAAUCCUCCCAUGGGCAAGCUUGUCAACAUCACAGAUACCAAGCCGAAAUACGAUGUGCUUGAUUCUAACGGCCAUGUGUUAAGUCUGGAGAUGAAGAUUCUCAACGACUUCCAAUCCAACGUUCCUGGGCAGAAUAUCUCUGGCGUACCAGGUCCUACCGCGGAUAAUAAUACAAAGAAGGCUGCUGCCAACUCCAUGACCAGCUUCAAUACACUGUCGCUCGUUGCUCUUCUGACUGGAUUGACUCUGCUCAUAAUAUAGAGAAAUCUCCAAACUUUCUCAUAAGACCUUCACUUGACCUUCAUUUGACCUUCACUGUCGCGCAUAUCUUUGAUUUAAUCCUAUUUUAUCGAAACUCGGGACAGUAGCCGCGCUUUAUGCCAGCUGACGAAAGGUGCUUCCCGUCCAGCGUUUGCUAAAACAAACUACGGCAAACCACACAAAACAUCGCAUCGUGUUUAACCCAUUCCGUCGUACGACGCAGGCCUGAAAUGAUGAUUUCGCGUUAUAAGAAUGGGCAUCUUAUGCUCUUAUGAUGAUAUACAUCAAUUUGAGUCUUAUCGCUUUGCUGCUUCAUGGAUGAGAUAUUUAGUCCCCAUAUAUUAUCCCAUACCUAAAUGGUUUCCAUUUGUGGAAUAUACGUUGACGGCUUCCCACAUAUUAUAUAUACCGUGGAACAGGACACAAAAUGCAGGAUCGAACUGAGUGUGAAGGUAUCUUAUAGUUGCACUCAUUUAGUGUUUCAUUGUUUCUUUGACGUUCCAUUGACUCGUCGUAUGCCCCUGAUAUUGAUAUGCAAGGGACAGGGAUCAAACCUUCCCGCAAGUUAGAAAGAUUAAAUGGUGGAUAAAUUUAAAAAAACGGAGGAAGAGAUUUGAGUCAAAAGGAGAGAAAGGUAAGAAGUGUAAUUUAGCUACGGCAAAACCAGGUUUUCAAUGCAAGGUUCUUUUUAAAUCAGAAUU